AUUUUUGCCGGUUCCUUUUCUAAUCUAAACGAAACAGGCGUGCCAUACUUUUCCCCCAUUCGACGCGUGGUUUAGUUUCAGCCUUUCAGACUUUUGAUGCCAUGGUUCUCCACUGAGUUUCAGAUUCCUACGUUUUGUCGCACGGGAAGGCUGCUUACAGCUAAACAUAGGAACUGCGUUUGAUUCUGCGAGAUUUUUGCCGCCACGUUGCAAGUAGCUUUGCUCUGGUGAAGAUGUUUCGUUGCUCAUUUCAUAUGCUGCUUCGUCGCGGAGUUUUAGCCUAGUUCAGCUUCCAACCGAGACACCUCUAAUCCUGUAAAUUUCAUGUGCCUCCUGUCGAUAAGCGCUGUGGUUCUCCCUUUAUGCUUACAUUCAUGUCGUGGCUUUAUCCAAGUAAUUGAUUCCACCUUAUCAUGUCCACUCAUGGACCUAUUGCCGAAUUUCCAUUGAUUUGUAACAAAUAAUAAGACGUAGACGAUGCUAUACAAUUGUUAGUUGCUAGGAGUUAGGACCAUAUCGUGUAUACAAUCAAUGUGCAUGCGCGCCCUUCGUUCUUAUUUCAUUUUUUUUCUUGCCGUAUGUGGAUAGUUGGAUAGCCAAAAGUUAGAUCUGAUUCUAAAUAGUGAUGUCUAGACCAAACGUAUGCUAGAGGUGGAAAUGCUAAUAUUUAUAAAACUCAACAGCCAAGAAAAGAACUUAUACACUUCAUACUCUUUUCAUCCAUACUUGACUGAAAGCCUUGAAGAUAAGGUCAAACAAGCUUCCAGGAGUCAAAUGGAACAAACAAGAUUCCUUAGAGAUUGAGUAAGCCAAAUUGUUGUGUAUGCUAAGCCACGUUAGAAAAAGGUUGUUUAAGUUAGAUAUCUGCAUUAUAGAUCCAUACAAAAUGUUUCUUUCACAGAUGGAGUUAUAUUUGUCCUACUUGAUUCAUGCCUUCUGUGGUCUUCAUCCACACAUUUUGGAAGAUGUCCACACAUAGAAAUUCAAUUGUCUCCUUGUUCCCCUGUGCGGCUGUGCCUUUUUCAUUUACCCAAUGUUCCAACUACCAAAUCGUAGUAUGUUAUGUGCAAAGCAACAAAUCAACUUGUCUUUACCUUUUGUUGACAAUGACAACAUUGCAAAUUCUAACCACUGUUUGUGAAACAAACCUUUGGGCUACGGGAGAGGUCUAGAUGUGAUAUUACUUGUUCGAACGACCUCCCCCCUCCCCUUCCACCCCCAAAAGCACAUGACUAUUUUGGGGCGCAGAGAGGUCAGAGAAUUUGCCAGUGGGGCAUUAGCUGGUGCUAUGUCAAAAGCUAUUCUUGCUCCCCUUGAGACUAUCAGGACAAGGAUGGUUGUAGGAGUAGGAUCUAGGCAUAUUUUUGGUACUUUUGUGGAGAUCAUUGAACAAAAUGGGUGGCAAGGGCUUUGGGCGGGAAAUACAAUCAACAUGCUCCGCAUUAUUCCAACACAAGCAGUAGAGCUCGCAACAUUCGAGUGUGUCAAAAGGAGCAUGGCAGAAGCACAAGAGAAAUGGAAAGAUGAUGGAUACCCAAAGAUACAGCUUGGCAACCUGAAAAUCGAGCUGCCACUCCACUUCUUGUCUCCAGUUGCUAUUGGCGGUGCUGCUGCUGGAAUAGCUGGCACAUUGGCUUGUCAUCCUCUUGAAGUUGUCAAGGAUCGCUUGACUAUCAGUCGAGAGGUUUAUCCUACCAUUAGGCUUGCCUUCAGCAAGAUCUACCAGACGGAAGGUAUAGGUGGUCUAUAUUCUGGCCUCGGUCCAACACUAAUUGGCAUGAUUCCUUACAGCACAUGCUACUUCUUUAUGUAUGAUACAAUCAAGACCUCUUACUGCCGCUUACAUAAGAAAUCAUCUUUGAGUCGUCCUGAGCUAGUACUUAUUGGGGCUCUUUCAGGCCUCACUGCAAGUACAAUCAGCUUCCCGCUGGAAGUAGCAAGGAAGCUGCUCAUGGUCGGUGCCCUGAAGGGGAAGUGCCCGCCCAACAUGAUUGCUGCCUUAUCGGAGGUGAUCAAGGAGGAGGGCCUCCUGGGACUUUACCGCGGAUGGCGUGCAAGCUGCCUGAAGGUCAUGCCGAAUUCUGGCAUCACUUGGAUGUUCUACGAGGCUUGGAAGGACAUUCUUCUCGCUGACAAGGACAAGCAGCGUGCUUAGCGUUAGCUGCUGAACAAUGAAGGCAUUGCGCCGUUGUCGUUCAUGAAGUUUCCUCCUUUGGCUGGGAUUCCUGGUACCUUUCCAAGUUUCAGAAUCCCACCCGUGCCGAGGAAUGGGUAGAUAGGAUGCACUGCUCUUUUUGGCUGAUGAGUGGAAGCAUUUGUUGAUCCUCACCGAUUCUGAACAUCUGAUCGCCAUUUUUUUGUUAACAAACAAACUGGUUUUCAUGAGCUCGUAAAAUGUGGUAAAUUGCAGUGGGUCCUGAGGUUUAUGUUA